AUGGCAGAACAAAUCCCAGCCCCAAAACCGUUGAAACUCGAUGGAAAUGCAGCUGAAAAUUGGCGGCGUUGGAAGAAAGCCUUCGAGCUAUACAUGACCGCUACUGAGAAAGACAAAAAGUCGCAGAAAAUACAGUGUGCAACGUUUUUGACCUUGGCCGACGAAGCAGCGAUUACAGUUUACGAAACACUCACGUUUGAAGAUACAGAAAAAGAUAAAAUCGAGCCGUUAGUAGCGAAAUUUGAAGCAUAUUGUCUUCCAAAAAAAAAUGUCACGCACGAAAGGCAUGUGUUUAACUUGAGGAAACAAAAGCCUGACGAAUCGGUAGAGCAGUUUGUGACGGAACUGAAACGAUUAGCAAAGAACUGUGAGUAUGGAGAACUUACAAACUCGAUCGUUAACGGGCAACGGCGGUAAAGAUCAAAAAUUUAUAACAACAGAUUAAAUUGCAGCAGAUGUGGUCAGGGAAACCAUAGUUAUUGAUAAAUGCCCAGCUAUGGGAAAAGAAUGUAGAAAUUGUCACAAGAAAAAUCAUUUUAUGAGUCAAUGUAGAACCCGAGACAAAGAAUUGCCAAAAUAUCCGAGAAAACAUCGAGUCGAUGCGGUAGAGAACAACGGUAAACAAGAGAGGGACGCUGAACCAAGUAGUGAGUCUAGUGACGAACAUGAAUUCUAUGUUUAUAGGCGGAAACGACCGCUGACAAGUCAGAUCCAUGGAUACUUCCAUUGGAACUAAACAACAGUAUAGUUACUUUUAAAGUAGACACUGGCUCGGAUGUCAAUGAAAUGAGUUAUAACGAGUUUAAGACACUUCAGAACAGUGAGUUGAAACAAUCGAAGACUAAACUGAAAGCAUACAACGGGGGAGAUGUUCAAGUGCAAGGUCAGUGUAUUUUAUCCUUAAAGUUGAAAGAGAAAUCUGUGAAAGCGCUGUUUUUAAUCAGCCCUGAUGAUAUUAAACCUAUUUUGGGAAGGGAACUUUCGGAAAAGUUAAAUCUUGUGAAAAGAACAUUUUCUAUUGAGCAGUCGAACAGUUCGAACAAUUUAACGGGCACCAGGUAUACCAAUGCAAAACUAAGUGAGAAAUAUGCUGACUGUUUCGAAGGACUAGGCUGUUUACCUCAUACCGUAAAAAUCGAGUUAAGAGAUGAUGCAACACCAGUUGUUGAGCCUUGUCGCGCAGUAUGA